CGCCUGCGCGCUCGCGCUCCCGCCCUCUCGCGGCGCUGGGCUUAGUCAGUCAGUCUGUCGGAGUCUGUCCUCGGAGCAGGAGGGGCGAAGCGACUUCGGAGAGCUAGCUGCCGGACUCGAUUAUUCUCUUUCCCCUCCUCUCUCCCGUCCCACAGCUCUCUUCACCCCUCUCCCUCCCUUGCUCGCGCAGCCAUGGCGGAGCUGUCGGCGGCCACUCAGUCCCCGUCCGUCUCGUCGUCCUCCGGGGCCGAGUCCUCUGCGCCCGGUGGCGGCGGUGGGAGCCCGGGAGCCUGCCCCGCCCUGGGGGCGAAGAGCUGCGGCUCCUCCUGUGCGGAUUCCUUUGUUUCUUCCUCUUCCUCUCAGCCUGUAUCUAUAUUUUCGACUUCACAAGCCAGUUUCCCAGCUCGUCCUGCUUCUCUCUCAAAGGAAGUUGGUCAAAAGGAACAGCAAAUAAAUAAAGAUGAGGAGCCCAAGAACCCAAAUGAGGUACCAAGUUGCAAUGAUAAAACUUCCUUGGAUGCUGAUGACAAGUUCACUUUGCCAACAUCCCAGAAACUACCCACGGAACAGUCUGAAGCAGAAGGCAUUUGUACAUAUUCUUUAUCCCCCUCUGAAGUUUCAGGGGGUGGUAUUAUUGAAAAGGAUUCCCCGGAAUCACCAUUUGAAGUAAUUAUUGACAAAGCAGCAUUUGACAAAGAAUUUAAAGACACAUAUAAGGAAAGUGCAAAUGACUUUGGUAGCUGGGCAGUGCAUACUGAUAGAGAAUCACAUGCAGACAUUUCAGAGUCCAAGGACAAAGUAUUUCCACUGAGAAAUAAGGAAGCGGGGCAUUACCCAGCCUCUGGGUUGCUCACUAGACAGUUUUCACACACAACUGGCUUGGAGGAGGUGUCUAGAUGUGUGAAUGAUAUGCAUAACUUUACUAAUGAAAUACUGACUUGGGAUUUGGUUUCCCAAGUGAAACAGCAGAGUGCUAAGUCUGACUACAUCACAAAAACUACAGGACUAGACACGAGUGAAUAUAAUUCAGAAAUUCCGGUUGCAAAUCUUAAAACCAACACUCAUCAGAAAAUUCCUGUAUGUUCUAUUGAUGGGAGCACUGCUGUCCCUAAACCAACAGGCGAUUGGGCAGAAAUGUCUCUCCCACAGGAAAAUGCUAUGCCAGACUCUGUUUCCAUGCAGGAAAUCAAUACCAAAGGUGUGCAAGGCAGUGUACAGAAAAGAGAUGACACAGUUGCAGAGUUACCUGGAUCUCCAUUUGAGAAACGUGUCUCUCUGGGUUCUGGAGUGGCCACAGUGAAAGUGGUUUUACCUGAUGGCCACUUGAAAAAUGAUGAAAUGAAUUGGCAGACCUCUGUGUUGGGGGAAAUGACAGAGGCUGAUAGUUCUGGUGAGUCUGAUGACACAGUAAUAGAGGACAUCACAGCUGAUACUUCAUUUGAAAGCAACAAAAUUCAGACUGAAAAACCUGUUCCCAUUCCAAGUGCUGUUGUAAAAACAGAUGAAAGAGAAAUCAAAGAGACUCUUAAUUGUAAUAGGGAAGACAAAAUAUCUGGAAACUUUGAAGGGUCAGUCAGUGACUCUGAGCCACAAGUUCAGCCUGAUAUUCUUCAAAGGAGACGCAGUGAGGCACCAUGUUCACAAGUACCUGAUAGGAAUUUUAUCUCAGAAGAGGUGAAGCAGUCUCAUCUUAUGAGUGUAGUUGCUCCUGCAAUGCCUGUUGCAGCUGAGAACCCAAAACUUCCUUCAGCAGAGUCUCCAAAUGUUUUUAACGAUAAGACAGAAUUCUCACUAAAUGUGAUAGCCUCUGCCUCUUUGGAGUCAUUGCAUGAAAAAAGUGUUAAAGAUAUAGAUGAUUCUUCCCCAGAGGACCUGAUAGCAGCCUUUUCAGAAACCAGAGAGAAAGGAAUACUAGGUAAAGGUGAAGGAAGUACCUUUGAAGCAGUAUCAGAGAAAACUGAGGACUUAAAAACAAAUUCUGCAGAUGUUUUGCAUGAAAGUGAGUCAGGUGGUUCUGAAAUUAAAAACGUAAAAAGCAAAUACAGUGAACAAAGCAAAGAAACAGAUAGGAGUGAACUUCUGGAUAUUCUCUCUACCCAGCUUACUCCAGCAGCCUCUCUGGACUUAGAACAGGAACAGCUCACAAUCAGAGCCCUUAAAGAAUUGAGUGAAAGGAAGAUUGAGAAGUUCGCUUCUGCACAGGAUAAAGUAGACUCUCCUGAAGAAAUACUCAAGCCGACUUUAACAUUUGCUCCAGAAUCAUCUUGGCCACAGAGAUCAUGUGAUAUCCUACAACACAAAGAUGUCAAGACUGGAUCUGAUCUUGGAAUUUCCAAGAAGCCCACUCUUAACAAAGAAACUGCUAGUGUAGAUAUUACUUCCAGCCUUAGCAAGACCGAACUGGUAAACAAGCAUGUCUUAGCAAGACUUCUGACAGACUUCUCAGUGCACGACCUGAUUUUCUGGCGAGAUGUGAAGAAGACUGGGUUUGUCUUUGGCACCACACUGAUCAUGCUGCUUUCCCUGGCAGCUUUCAGUGUCAUCAGUGUGGUUUCUUACCUCAUCCUUGCUCUUCUGUCUGUCACCAUCAGCUUCAGAGUCUACAAGUCUGUCAUCCAAGCUGUACAGAAGUCAGAAGAAGGCCAUCCAUUCAAAGCCUACCUGGAUGUAGACAUCACUCUGUCCUCAGAAGCUUUCCAUAAUUAUGUGAAUGCUGCCAUGGUGCACAUCAACAAGGCCCUGAAACUCAUCAUUCGUCUCUUCCUGGUGGAAGAUCUAGUUGACUCCUUGAAGCUGGCUGUCUUCAUGUGGCUGAUGACCUAUGUUGGUGCCGUUUUCAAUGGGAUCACCCUUCUGAUUCUUGCCGAACUGCUCAUUUUCAGUGUUCCAGUCGUCUAUGAGAAGUACAAGACCCAGAUUGAUCACUAUGUUGGCAUCGCUCGGGAUCAGACCAAGUCCAUUGUUGAAAAGAUCCAAGCAAAAGUCCCUGGAAUCGCAAAGAAAAAGGCAGAAUAAGUACAUGGACACCGGAGAUGCAACAGUUACUAAAACACCAUUUAAUAGUUAUAAUGUUGUUACUUGUACUAUGAAGGAACGUGCUCAGUGUCAGCUUGAGCCUGCAUUCCAAGCUUUUUUUUUUUUUAAUUUGGUGUUUUCUCCCCACCUUUCCCUUUAUCCUCAGUAUCAAGCACAAGAAUGAUUGGACUAAAAAAAGAACUGAUAUCUUAGAACCCGAAAGAAUAAAGAAAGGAUCAAAUUAAUAGGAUAAAUCAGUACCUUAAGGGUGGUGGAGCUUUUACCUAUAGCUUGAAAGGAGGGGAAAGAUUGGAAGUAAGGAGAAAAUGAAAAAUGAACACAUCUCUUGGAUUCUUCUAUCCAAGUUUCAAGGAAUAGUUUUACACAGCUUCCCAUCAUAGUUUUGCCCUUAUUUUUAAGUUAAGAAAUAAUGAUUAAUUUAUGAAGAAAUUAUCUGGGACAAAAGUGGGAUUCCUUCCCUUGGUUUUUUGUGUUUCGGGGGGUUUUGUUUCAGUGUUGUUUUUUUUUUUUUCUUCCUUUUUCUUUUUUCUUGUUUUUUUUUCUUUCUUUUUUUUUUUUGCAGUCCUCUGAUCCCAUCUUUCUGCCCCACAAUGUGAGCAGCUACUCCUAAUAUUCUUCAUUUGGUGAGAUAACUUUCAACUCUAUGAAUAACUUAGAGGUGAUAGUGAUAAUUCCCGAUUGCCAGAAUGCCAUCUGAUAACCGAGAACAGAGACGGAAAGCGGGAGGGAGGAGUGCACAGGAGCGCUGCUGUGCCUCCCACUCAGCCUUAGGAAAGGCAAGGCUCCGCCAGUGGGGCGUGGCGUCUGUCAUUUCUUUUGGACACCAGUUCUGAGCUUUAGUUUGAGAGCUUAUUCCUGAAUGUGCUUUCCUCCCUCUUUCCUACCCUCAAGUUGAAUAAAUAUGGUUGUACUUUUCUUAUUAUAAAAUAAAUGUCUGUAACUGCUGUA